AUGUCCCCUCUGCCCACUGCCCUCCUGGGCCUCGGGAACCUGCGCAGACCCUCCAUCUCAGCUGAGCCGGGCUCCGUGAUCCCCUGGGGGAGCCCCGUGACCUUUGUGUGCCGGGGUCCUCCUGGGAAUUAUGUGUUCCGGCUGGAGAAGGAUGGACAGGCCCCGUGGGCAGAUAAAAGGACGUCUCAUGAGAACGCCACAGAGGUCAGGUUCCACUUUCCAUCAGCCCAAGGCAACACCGCAGGCCGCUACAACUGCAUCUACUCGUUAAAUAAUGUUUAUUCUGAGCGCAGUGAGAGCCUGCAUCUGGAGGUGGCAGGCACUCCUGUUCCCCAAGGCCUCACCCGGAGGCACCUGUACAUUCUCAUCGGGGUCUCUGCGGCCUUUCUCCUUUGUCUCUUCCUCCUGGUCCUCUGCUUCCUCCAUCAUCUGUGUCAGAGAAAACGCGGAAUCCCCAGCAGCAAGAGCAAGAAUCAGCAGCCGCGGGAGAGCCCAGGGGUUGCUAUUCUGAAGAGCACACCAGAUACGGUCACAGUGGCAGGGCUUCCUGAGGAUGACGGACAGACGGACCCCUCGGAGGUGACGUAUGCUCAGCUGAACCACCAGGCUCUCACUCAGGGGGCAGCCCGAGCCGUGUCCCCUCGGCCCCUGGAGCCCGCAGCGGAGUCCAGCACCUACGCAUCGCUCACCACACGCUGA